GCGUCGCUUCACCGGUGAGAGGAGACGGACUGAAGAAGGAUUACCGGGGGCUGGUUCGUCCUCGGCUGCAUUUUAACUGGAGCUGCCGCAGCUGCACACACACACACGCACACACACACACACACAUACACCGAAAGGCUCCUGCUUCUCCUCCUCACUGCAGCUCCCACCGACGGACGGACGGCGGCAGGUCUAACUGGACGGUGAAGGUGGAGGAGCCAUCUCUUCGGGGUUUUUUUCCGCACACACAGAGAGGGAUCUGUCCGGUAAACGGGACAUUAAAAAAAAAAAAAGAAAAAAAAAGGGACAUACUACUGAGUUUCAACCCGUCCACGCCGAGCCGUGUCGAGAUGCUGCACUAAAGGAGAAAACAGCACAGGCUCCCCCGGUUGUGUUCAUCCUGAGGCUGCAGUGAACGGAGGGGGGAUUGCGGUACAACAAGGUUAAUCAUCAGCAUCUAUAAAGGUCUUCUCUGUGAGCAGGAUCCGAUUUGAAAGGGUUGAUUCUUGCCCCUGUGCGGGGGGAUCGGCGGUGAAAAUAUAGAUCUUAUAACAAAUUAUGGCCACCCUACUGCGGAAGAUCGGUCUGAUCCGCCUGCACGACCGAGACACCGAGGACCCAAAGCACCAUCAGGGUUCGCUAAAGGGGACCAAAGGGAACCAGAAAAAUAACGCCAACAAACACUGUCAGACCGCCAACGAAACCAACAUCCUGAGCACUCCGGAGAUUAAGGCGAGGAAGCUGGACCAGCUCGGCAAGGACAAGCCGUCCGGCAAGGAUAAGCAGGGCAAGGAUGCAAAGGAGAAGCAGCAGACGGGAGGAGGAGGAGGUGGAGGAGGAGGAGGGAGUAAAGCGACCAGUGCCUCCUCGAUACCACCGCUGGCGCCUCACCGGCAACACUGCACCCAGGUCCGGACGCGGAGGCUGAUGAAGGAGCUACAGGAGAUCAGGAGGUUAGGGGACAACUUCAUCACGGUGGAGCUGGUGGAGGACAACCUGUAUGACUGGAACGUCAAGCUGCACCAGGUGGACAAGGACUCGGCGCUGUGGCAGGACAUGAAGGAGACCAGCACCGAGUUCAUACUGCUCAACGUCACCUUUCCAGAUAAUUUCCCCUUCUCGCCGCCUUUCAUGCGGGUCCUGACGCCCCGGUUGGAGAACGGCUACGUGCUGGACGGUGGGGCCAUAUGCAUGGAGCUGUUGACCCCCCGCGGAUGGUCCAGCGCCUACACGGUGGAGGCGGUCAUGAGGCAGUUUGCGGCCAGCCUCGUAAAAGGACAGGGGCGUAUCUGUAGGAAAUCAGGGAAGUCCAAGAAAGCGUUCAGCCGUAAGGAAGCUGAGGCCACCUUCAAGUCCCUGGUGAAGACCCACGAGAAGUAUGGCUGGGUGUCCCCGCCCGUGUCCGACGGCUGAGUGCCCGACCGCCGACCCUCCGAGCCCUGCGCUAGCCGGACAAAAACCCAGCUAGCCCCGACACGCAAAACGACACACCACGCUAACUCAACAAUCUCACACCUACACCUUCUGCUUCACUCAAGAUCUUUUUUUUUGGUUCUUUUGUGUGUUUGUGUAAGUAUUUUGAUUUUUGAUUUUUUUUUUUUCGUCAUCUCCCCCGAAACUCUCCGAGAGCUUACACACCGCCACCAUCGCCAUUCUUCCAACAAGAAGCGACUUUCCUUCCCCUCCCUCUCGCCCAGGGAGGUUCUUUCCCCCAUUUUGGAAAGACCUGAGAGGGAGGUGUGUGUGUGUGUGUGUGUGUGUAUCAUGUGUGUAUGUUUUGUCACUCCAUCGGACUUCACCUGGGAGUGUGUGCACGUGCAUCCGAGUGUGCGUUACCGUCGGUGGAUUUGUUUUUGUUUUUUCUCUUAACGCACACCCAUGCACGUGCAGUCGGACAAGUGGGACAGUGUGGACUUUACCACCCAUGUGAAAGACUACUGAACGAAGGAGACUCAUCCCCCCUUUUUUCCCGUCCUCCCCAUCACCUCCCCUCCUCACCCCUUACAACCCCUUUCGCUCACUUCUCUUCUACCACAACUGAACUGGCAUCACUUCCCACCGUCUCUCUCUCUCUCUCUCUCUCUCUCUCUCUCUCUGUAGCUGUCGGGUCAUUUACAUAUAAAUGAAGCUGUUAAUGUUUAAUAGACGGGCAGCGCACGCGUUCACUCCUUCAUUUCCCCUUUUUCUUUUCUCGACUGUGCCGUUGCUCACAGUUCAAUGCAACAUGAAGAUUGUAAUUUACAUGGAGCUGUGCUCUCUCUCUCUCUGUUUCUCUCUUUCUCUAUCUCUUUCUUUAGCUCGCUCGUUCACUUUGUUUCUCUUUCUCCGUCUCUUGUGGCUAAAUUUAGAGCUCACUCUUGCGUAGAUGGAUAUUGAUUUCUAAUGGAGAGAUAAAACGUCACAUGUUGCUUUAUGCAGAGACCAUGUAUGAUAAAUAGAAUGACGGUCAAUCACCUCUCUUUCUUUCUCUCUCUUUCUACUCUCAUGUUAUCAUGUGUGUGUGCGUGUGUGUGUGUGUAAGAGAGGAAGAAGACUGUAAUUCCCAUGAUUUAGAUACCAGAUGGUACAGCUGAAGGCCAGGCCUCACUAUGUGUGUGUUUGUGUGUGUGUGUGUGUAAGGAAGGGAGAAAACCCUUUAAACAGAGAAGAAUAUGUUUUACUGUGAAUGACACUAAGGCCUAAAGGGAGUGCUGUUUUGAUUUUUGGUUAAAUUACUUCUGAUUAUUACUACUGUAAACACGUGGUGGUGGUUGUGACUGAAUAUCUACGUGCACGCAUAGCCUCGCCUGUCUCUCUCUCUCUCUCCGAUCCAUGUUAAAGAACUAAAGGUCAGUAAAAUAUACGCUUCACACACACACACGGACACACAUGAGCUCGGCCACGCGGCACACGCACACACACACACACACAUACUCGUGCGUUCGACCUGCGGCCUCGACGUCAGCAGUAACACGCAUUAAAGGAGACAUACAGGGGGCUCGAGCACUGCCGCCAUAGACAGAGAGGUGCUUUAAAUGAGUGCACGCUUCAGAGCCCGCCUGAUUGAUGCCUGCUGAAAGACGGGAGAGGAAGAACAGAGGGAGAAGAGGGGAUUGUGGGGAGCUUUGAUCACUACCGACUGCUUCUGGAAAUGUCAGGAGGCUUGCAAAAUGGCCGAAGACAGAUAUUAUUCGCUCUGCCUGCUGUGAUUACUUAAGAGACACACACUUCCUGAGUUGCAACCUUUAAAAGGACUUUAUAAAUAUCUAAUAUUAACUCUACGGCUGCAGCAUCGUCAGUCUUAAUCAAUCAUGCACCCACUAGCCACAGACUAUCUGUCCGUCCAGUCCAGUGGGCUCCUCGUGUGUUUGUUUUGCUGUCUGCCAGUUAAAUGUCAGAAGGGAAAGCUGCUAAUUGGUCUGACAUUUCAGCAGAGCGUCAUUAGAGAAGAGCAGCUGAGAGCAGAAAGAUGGAGGAUGUCAAACCUCCCGCUCUGCACUGACAUUUUGUCACUUUCCGCUCCUGCGCUGUUUUUUUUUUGUUGUUGUUAUUUUUGUGUUGGGGAGGCUGGGGUGUAGGAAGGGCAGAAAAGUGGGCUAUGUGAGGAGAAGACCAAGGGGUACAGGAGCAGUUCAAUGCCAGUCAGCUCUCAGCAGGCCCGGGACCGUAAUCCCGGAGCAAGAUGUUUAAACCGCUGAGCUGAAGCAGAGCCGCAAUGCCAGUAUGCCGAGUUUGGAUCGGGGGGCCUGCGCGCCACGUUUCAAAGCCCCCCCCCCCGCCGCCACCCACAAUGUGUCGCGUUUGUGGUCGUUAACAAAUGUCCUAUCUGUGUGCGAGUGCAUGUGUGAGCAAAUAUGUGUGCUACACUCCCAUUAUGACAAAAAAAACAAAACAAAAAAAAUAGGCAAAAGAGACAACAACAAAAAAACACACCAUCUGGUAUGUGAUCAUGUACGAGAGAGCGCGUUAGUCCUGUUUGAAUUUGGCUAGUCAGUUCAGGGUCGAUCGCAUAGUGAUCUCUUGGCUUGUCGGGCGGAGAAAACUGUAAAUUGAAUUAUUAUUAAGACAAAAUAUCUCAAAAGCUGAGUGUUUGCUGGUUUCAAGAGAAUAAUUUUGUGAUAUAGUUUAGAUUGGUAGUUUGCAGACACUAACUGGGUGAACUGAUUAUGUUGUAUUAUAUCUGCAUGUGAUAUGUGAUUGGUAGCUAGCUACUGUAUAUCUUUUUUCAAGAAAAGCAAGAAAAAACACGGGGAAAAACAAAAAAUGCAAAUGCUUCUCUUUUGUUCUUUUUUUUUUUUGGGUUCUGUAUUGUAUGUAUAUUUCUUUAUUAUUAUUUUUUUCUUUCUAAGCGUCCUAAAAAAGAAAUGUCACAUUGUGUUAUAUGAAUGUUUGUGUUUUAAUUUAUUUGUGGUUUGCCAAAAUGAAGAUUUGAAGCAUGUUGCAGGUAUUGUCACAAGAAAAAGAGAAGAAAAAAAAAACCUUACUAAGAAUGAUAGCCUAUGUAUUUGUGUGACGGGGUAAGGUGUGUUUAUUCGGGGGGAUUUUCAGGGAGUAAAGAAGGACAGAAGGUUGCAAAAGCCUCAAGAUUAUAAAAGGGAGUAUUUCCUUCAUUGGGAGUGCAUCAAAGUGGAAUCAAGAAAAUUCCUACGCUCCCUUGAAUACUUCCUAGUCCCCUCCAUGAUGUCACUACUGUCCCUUCCCCAUUGGUCCUGCUCUAGAUUUGGCUUAUGGGUAAUGCAGUCAACAAACACAAAGAUCUGGACUGAAAGUUCCCCCAGUCACAGAUCUAGGAUCAGUAUGACCUCCCUAUGCUUCAAAUCUCACUCGUAAAGGGAAUGUGCACAUCUGACCUGUGAUCAGUUACUCUGGGCAACUUCAACCCACUCCCGACUUGAGUGUUUGGUCGAGACCGAGGUCUUAAAAGUUCAAAAAGGUCAAAGGUCGUUGCAAGACCAAACAGGAAUGUGCAAUAAAAGUUACAGCUUAUUCAAACUCU